AUGGGGAAACCACGAAUGAUCAUUCUCAUCCGCCAUGCGCAGUCCGAAGGCAAUAAGAACCGCGAUAUCCAUCAAUCUACUCCUGAUCAUCGAGUGAAACUCACACCCGAAGGACAUCGUCAAGCACUGGAAGCUGGUCGCCGGCUUCGUGAGCUCUUACGCCCGGAUGAUACCCUCCACUUCUUCACAUCUCCCUAUCGUCGGACGAGAGAGACUACCGCAGGUAUUUUGGAAUCUUUAACCUCGGACUCGCCCUCUCCCUCGCCAUUUCCCCGACAAACUAUCAAGAUCUACGAGGAACCCCGACUACGAGAACAAGACUUCGGUAACUUCCAGCCAUGCUCAGUGGAAAUGGAGCGGAUGUGGAUGGAGCGAGCAGAUUACGGGCAUUUCUUCUAUCGCAUCCCCAACGGCGAGUCCGCAGCAGAUGCGUACGACCGAGUGAGCGGAUUCAACGAGUCUCUCUGGCGAUUGUUUGGUGAAGACGACUUUCCAAGUGUGGCUGUCCUUGUCACGCACGGCCUCAUGACCCGUGUCUUCCUGAUGAAAUGGUAUCAUUGGAGUGUGGAAUACUUCGAGGAUCUGCGAAACAUCGACCAUUGCGAGUUUGUAGUCAUGACUCACAACUCUGACAACGGCAAAUAUAAACUCCAGAAUAAGCUGCGCACAUGGUCUGACUUGCGGAAGGAGAGAGAUUCUGAGAAAAAUCGUGAACGGGAGACGAAGGGCCUAGGCCCGGCGCCCGCUACGCCUACAGAGCAAGUCCCUAUUCGGCGGAAAUGGGGUGGCUGUCCUGAUGGCUGUACGCAUGGCUUCUCUGUAGAUGGCAAAAAAUCUGCUCGGUCUAAGAUGAUAGAAUCGAUGCGCUAUGCUAACAACCCACCCACGCGAAAGACGGAUGACAGCCUUGAACAACCAAUAUCGACCACUAGAUCCCAACCCACGAAUGAGAAACCCACAUUAUCAGAAGAGAACACAUCAGCUCGACUUGUUACCGGCAGCCGGGAUUCAAAGAGUGAAUUACAGUCAAAACAACAAUCGGCAAUGGAGAAAGAGGAUAUCAGAACCGGAGAUUCUAGCUCCGAUACUCGAAUCAGCACCAGUCCCCGUCUCACUCGACCUAGUCUCCGUGAUUUCAGUCGACACAGUGAAGACCACUUGCUCCACCCACCAGUCUCAUCGGGUUCCUCGGAAUAUAUGAAACUCGCCCUCCUACAUUUGGGAGGUCGCGAUGGAGGCGGGUCCUUAAGUGGAGCGAAUAGCCGUGCUCCAUCCGAAGACGGAAACGAAGAAUACCAUGGUCACCACGCAUCUCCCCUCGGCAAACCCAUUGUUCACUCUCGUCAACACUUCCGAUCGGCAUCACAGGACCUUGAAGAAGAUGGUGACGACGAACUGAGCGCCAAUCAAACUAAAGAACUCAGCCGACCUCGGCCACACCAUAAUAAUCAUCACUCUGACACUCGCAUCAAGACUCAUUCCUAUAACCGUACUACUCGUCACUUUGAAACGUCAUCCACUUCACAGCAACAGGCCCGGAGAACCAAUAUCCUCGGCGACGGCGAGGAUGUCGGAAAUUACUCGGACAGCAACUCUGCAGAGACCGAGUCUCACUCUCAUGCGCAUGCACUCGGUAGUGACGGUGCUACUUCAGAAGAAUUGUCUUUAGAGGAUCAGCAGCGAGAAGAUCAAAGUAUACAGGGGAGUGUAUACUAA